AAUUUCACGAUAUUUAAAUCGUUUUAAGAUUUAGGGCUCCGACUCGUUUGCUUCUUCUUCUUUUUCCUCUUCUGUAAAUCUCUCAGACUCUCGAUCGAUUUCAAUCUCUGAAAACCAGAAAAUAAAAAAUAAAAAAUGGAAGGGGAAGGAGGAGACGAGCUUACCACCAUACAAGAGCUCUCCUCCAAUCUCUCCUUGUACAACGAACAGCUUCGCCAGAUCAAGGAUUUUUUAGCUCAAGACCCCGGAAACUCUGAGUAUGCUGACCUGGAAAAAGAGUUACUUGAGGCCAUAGCCAUGACAGAAGAUCUACUUGCAACUGCCAAACAAAAUCAGAAUUUAGGAUUAGAAAUUGGAACAAGCGGUAGCGCAUCUCCUAGUUUUCCCCAGUCUCAGAAGAAUGAGAAUGAUACAGGGAGUAUUUCUGAUUAUCAUGACAAAUUUGCUCCUGGUACAAAAGUUCAGGCUGUUUAUAGUGAAGAUGGAGAGUGGUAUGAUGCAACAAUCGAUUCUCUUACACCAAAUGGAUACUAUGUUACAUAUGAUAGCUGGGGGAAUAAAGAAGAGGUGGAUCCAGCUAAUGUCAGGCCAAUUCAAGAAGGGGCUGUCAAUGCAUUGUUGGAAGCUGAAAAAGUUGCUGAAGCUACAAAACAAGCAAUUAAAAGGAAAAUUGCACAAGCUGCUUCUGUUGACUUCCAAGCACGAACCCUACCGCCGAAACUUCGUAUAGAACCAGAUGAUCCUGAGGAUGUGAAAAUUGCCAAACGCAAGAAGAUACAUGCUUUUAAGUCGAAGAUGAGGAUGGAACAGCUGGAAGUAUCUCAGAACAAGCGUCAAAAUGCUUGGCAGCAGUUCCAAACUACCAAAGGCAAGACUAAGAAGAGUGGUUAUUUAUCUGGACGCAAGCGAGAGAGUAUCUUCAAGUCUCCAGACGAUCCUUUCGGAAAGGUUGGGGUGACCGGUAGUGGUAAAGGUUUGACAGACUUUCAAAAGAGGGAAAAGCAUUUGCAUCUUAAAGGGGGCACAGCUGAGAAUGAUGAUGAGGCUUCUUAGCUCCAAAUCUAUCUUCUUUCCUAGUCAAAAGGUCCAGUCUGAACUUAGCUCAAAACCUGUGGUAGUAUUAGAACCUGUAAUGUUCUUAUGACAUUGAAAAUGAUUACUAUUGCUGUAUUAGUUUGCUUUUCCUAUUGAAUAAUAUUCUGCUUGGUAUGUGUUAAUGAAUGGUUUCCUAUGACUAGAGUUGAGUGAUUUUCUAGGGGCUUAGAUGGAGCAGCUGUUAUGCUGAGACCAUCUAUGUUGGUAAUACUUGGUCCCAGGAAGGUAUCGACGUCGGAUGUCGGUACAUUCGGUAAUUGAACCUGUAAUAACUCUAGAAGAUUGGGGAAUUGGUUAGAGAAUGGAAUGGAGGGGAAGAGAUGGGAUAGGAACUGGUUAGGGAAUGGAAUGGAGUCGGAGGCUAGGAGCGACUGAUAU